GGGCGCGGGGCGGGGCGGGGCCUCCGCCUCCGCCCAGCCCGGCGCUGGGGCUCAGUGCCGCCGCCGCCGCCGCUGCGGGAGGACAUGGAGCCCCCGGGCGCCCGGGCCCCGCGGCUGCUGCUGCUGGCGCUCCUGCUGGGCGCGCACCCAGGUGUCCAGGCGGCGAUGCAGGUGUCCGUGGCCCCGCUGGUGGAGGUGAUGCGGGGGGAGACGGUGACCCUGGACUGCACCCCUUUGGGGGACUAUAGCCAGUACCAGCUGAAGUGGUUCCUGGCCGACCGCUCGGGGACCCGCCACCUCCUGGCCGAGGCCCAGGUGCAGGGCUCCGAGGUGCAGGCCCGGGUGCACGCCUCCCGGGGCCGCAGUCCCCCGUACCAGCUGCAAGGCCAGGGCCACCUGGUGCUGGUGGAGGCCCAGGUGAAGGACGAGCGGGACUACGUGUGCGUGGUGACCGCGGGGGCGGCCGGCACCGCCGAGGCCACCGCCAAGCUGCAGGUGUUCGCAAAGCCAGAGACCACCGACGUCUCCCCCAACCUGGGCACGCUGUCUGUGAUGGAUGACUCUGCCCAGGAGAUCGCCACCUGCCACAGCCGCAACGGGAACCCCGCCCCCCAGAUCAAGUGGUACCGGAACGGGCAGCCCCUGCAGGUGCCCAUGGAGGUGAACUCAAACAGCUACAUGACCAGCCGCACCGUGCGGGAGGCCUCGGGCCUGCAGUCUCUCACCAGCACCCUCUACCUGCGGGUGCACAAGGAGGACCGGGACGCCCGCUUCCACUGCUCCGCGCACUACAGGCUGCCCCGCGGCCAGCACGGCCACCUGGACAGCCAGGCCUUCGGCCUCACCCUGCACUAUCCCACGGAGCACGUGCAGUUCUGGGUGGACAGCGCGUCCACCACGGAGGGCUGGGUGCGCGAGGGCGACUCCGUCCAGCUCGUCUGCCGCGGGGACGGCAACCCCACGCCCGAGUUCACGUUUUACCGCCUCCAGGGCCAGGAGGAGAAAACCCUGAGCACCAACCUGCACGGGAACUUCACGCUGGAGGCCGUGCAGCGGAACCAGAGCGGCACCUACGGCUGCCGGGCCUUGGACUACGACGCCGCCGAGGAGGCCGAGCUCUCCCAGACGCUGGGGCUGCGCGUGGCCUACCUGGACCCCAUCGAGCUCAGCAGCAAGGAGGAGCUGACCGUAACCCUGGGCAGCAGCGUGACCGUGACCUGCUCUGUGCAAGGCCGGCCCGCCCCGGCUCUGCGCUGGACCAAGGAUGCGGCCCCCCUGGCGGAUGGCCCCACACUCUCGCUCAGCUCCAUCACCUUCAGUUCCGCCGGCACCUACGUAUGCGAGGCCUACACACCCACGGUCCCCCUCCUCAGCCGAACCCGGGCCCUCAAGCUGCUGGUUGAAGGGGUCCCCGAAUUAAUGCCGGAGAAAAUCCAGCCCCAGUCAGGGGGCAGCUGGCGAGAAGGAGACGAAGUGAGGCUGGUCUGCUCUGCCCGGGGCUACCCAGAGCCCAAGUUCAUCUGGAGCGAAAAGGGAGAGAGUUCCACAGAGCCGGUGCCCGGGGGGCAGGGCUGGGUGAGGAGCUCCCUGACCCUGAAGCUGACCAGCGCCAUGAGCCAGCGCGGCGUCUUCUGUGAGGCCUCCAACCCCCACGGGAGCCCCCGGCACGUCUUCCACUUCGGCCACCUGGCCCCCCAGACCUCCCAGGCCGGCGUCGCCGUCAUGGCCGUGGCCGUCAGCGUGGGCCUCCUGCUCCUCGUCGUCGCCGCCUUCUACUGCAUGAGGCGCAAGGGGCGCCCCGGCUGCUGCCGGAAGGGGGAGAAGGGGGCUCCGCAGGCCUGGGGAGCCAGACCUGAGCCACGCAGGGUCCCAGCGGCCCGAGCAGACAGGCCUUCUCCUGGGAGGCGCCUCCGGAGGAGCCCGGCGUGGCAGCGGGGGCUUCGGAGACGAGUGCUAAGCCUGAGGGCCUCCCGGAGGCAGCCUUCGGACACGACCUGGAGUUGCAGGCAUCGGAGAAGCAGCCCUGCUCACGCCCUGCCCUCCCCCGCCUUCCCGGCCGGCCCUCUUCCCUCUCCGGCCCUCCCUUCCUUCCUCUGCCGCUGGGCAGGGACCUGCACACACUGCCGGGAGGAAGGGAGGGGGGUGCGCUCGCUCGCUCAUGGGUGGGAGGGGACCUUCCUCCGGGGAGUAUGACUCUCCCAGGCCCCAGAAUAGCUUCUGGCCCCGCGCCUGGGGCCCGGCCUGGGACCAGGCUCCGAGGGUCGGCCGGCCGAGGCUAUUUUUACCUCCUGCCUCCAUGGCUGCCCCCCCCCCCGCCCCCCUCCGACCCUGCUGCAUAGUCUGACACUGGAUCCCACCCCCGCUCCGCCCCUCCUCGAGGACACUGGAGUCUGGAAUAAACGCUGUCUGUCACUUGGACACCA